GCGUGUGGAUUACGUUAGACAUAUUCUGGGAUUGUGGUUUGUGUUGCAAGUAUGUUGAUUUUUGUAGUUCCUGUGAAGGGCUAACAUAGGAGGAAUACGAACUGUAAAGAUGGGAGGCGAAGGACAAAGGAAUGGGAUGCAUUUUUGGUGGGUCACCCUCCAUAUUACUGUGAUAUUUUGCUGUUUGGAUCGUGUUUCAGCUCAGAUAAAAUAUUCCAUUCCGGAGGAAGUAAAAGUGGGAUCUGUUGUCGGAAAUGUUGCCAAAGAUCUUGGACUGGAUAUCAGCUCGCUGGAGGAAAGAAGAUUUCGUAUUGUUUCCGGUACUAAAGAUGCUCAGUUUACAGUAAAUGGGAACAAUGGCGUCUUGUCCGUACAUAAAACUAUCGACCGAGAGGAGCUCUGUGAAAGCCUCUCACCAUGUUUACUGAACCUCAAAAUCGUAGCUGAGAAUCCAAUGGAAAUACAUUAUGUGGGAAUAGAAAUAAUAGAUGUAAAUGAUAAUGCACCCAGUUUUCAAGAGGAUGAAAAAACACUAGAAAUCCCCGAGUCAACUCUCCCAGGAAAAUAUUUCCAAUUGCCACUUGCGCGUGAUCCAGAUGUGGUCUCCAACACAGUGCGGAUGUAUAAAUUAAGCCACAAUGAAUAUUUUAAUGUACAAAUUCGAGAGAGAGGUGAGGACAGAAUACCAUUCUUAGUUUUACAGAAGACUUUGGAUCGAGAAAAGCACAAUGAGCACAAACUGGUUCUGACAGCAGUUGACGGUGGGAAUCCACCGAGAUCAGGGACCCUUAAUGUAACAGUCAUUGUUCUUGAUUCAAAUGACAAUCAUCCCAUAUUUAGUCAGGAAGUGUAUUCCGCAACAAUACCUGAAAAUGUGAAUGCAGAGACAAGUGUGAUUAAGGUUAGUGCCACUGACAUAGAUGAAGGUGUAAAUGGAGAUGUUGAAUACUUUUUCGGGGACGAAAUUGACCCUAAAAUAUACGACAUGUUUAGUAUUGACCGAGCCAGUGGUGAAAUUAGAGUAAAGGGGGAAAUUGACUUUGAGAAAGUUGACGUUUAUAAGUUAGACGUACAUGCUACUGACAAAGGACAACCGCCAAUGAGUACUGACUGCAGGGUAAUUAUUAAAGUGCUGGACGAAAAUGACAACAAACCUGAGGUAGAGGUGGCAUCUUUGUCAAAUAUUAUAGCAGAGAAUUCUAAACCAGGAACAGUUGUUUCUCUGAUAAGUAUAACAGACAAAGACAGCGGUUUAAACGGUAGAGUAAUCUGUAGUCUUUCGGAUAAUGUACCAUUUGACUUAAAACCAUCGUUACAAGAUAAUAUGUACACGCUAGUUUUAAAACACAGCUUGGAUCGUGAAUCAGUGUCACAUUAUGACAUUACAAUAACAGCUACAGACAGUGGUCAGCCUCCACUAUCAACAGAAAAGACUGUGAGAAUUGACAUAGAAGAUGUGAACGACAAUAGCCCAGAAUUUUUGCAAAGUCCUGUGGAGCUAUACCUACUGGAAAAUAAUGUGCCGGGAAAUGUAAUAUGUUCCGUUACUGCUUCAGAUAAAGACUUGAAUGAAAAUGCGGCUUUAAAUUAUCAUAUAGUGAGAGAGGAGGGGAGUAAAUUAAAAAUGACAACGUUUUUAAAUAUCAAUGCAAACAAUGGAGAGAUAACAGCUCUGAAAAGUUUCGACUUUGAAACUGUAAAAAAGUUUCAGUUCCAAGUUGUCGCCACAGAUUCUGGAACUCCGUCACUGAGCAACAACGUGACAGUCAACGUGUUCAUUCUGGAUCAGAACGACAACGCUCCAGUCAUUCUGUAUCCACUCAGCUCCAACGGUUCUGCUGAAGGUGUGGAGGAGAUUCCACGGAAUGUCAACGCAGGACACUUGCUGACUAAAGUCAGAGCCUAUGAUGCUGAUAUAGGAUAUAACGGCUGGUUACUGUUUUCACUGCAGGAAGUUACUGACCACAGUCUGUUUGGUUUGGACCGCUACACAGGACAGAUCAGAACACUUCGCUCAUUCACAGAAACAGACGAGGCUGAGCACAAACUGGUCAUACUGGUCAAAGACAAUGGGAACGUUUCACUGUCAGCAACAGCUACUGUGGUUGUCAAAGUUGUGGAGCCAAAGGAGGCUUUUGCAGCUUCUGAUGUGAAAAGUCCAGCAAAGGAUGAUGACAGUAAUAUGACUUUUUAUCUGAUGAUAACUUUGGGCUCAGUUUCAGCACUUUUUAUCAUCAGUAUCAUCGUGCUGAUUGCAAUGCAGUGCUCCAAGUCCACAGACUAUACAUCUAAAUAUCUGGAAGAUAAAAAUUAUGAUGGAACACUGUGUCACAGCAUCCAGUACAGAUCUGGAGACAAACGGUACAUGUUGGUUGGACCCAGAAUGAGUAUAGGAUCUACUAUAGUCCCUGGAAGUAAUGCCAAUACUCUGGUUCUACCUGACAGGAGAAAAGCAUCUGGAGAGGUAAGACUGAAAACAUCAAUUGUGCUCAAUGUGUCUAUUGCAUUUAAAUUCUUGAUUGAUUUUUUUUCCCGAGUAAAUAUAAGUUAG